GCUUAACAUGGGUAGCUACGUUAAGUAGUAUGUGGCUGAUUUAAAUUAAAGCUUCGGCCGCUCGUCCUUAAACGUGGACGUUUCUUGUACUCGGUAACUGUUGUGUUUAAGACCGAUGAGUUGCGGCCGGGGGGCAAACACUGCGCCGUCUGCUGCGUCUUUUGUGUGCACAACUAGCCUGUUAGCUGUACGUCAUCUCUGCACUCUGCUAGCUUAGCGUUGCAUUGGAAUUCGUUAGCUGGUUUGACAGGCACAGCGGCUAAAAUUAACCGAGUUGGUAUCCGGAGCGAAUUAGGUUCCGUCCGUCGUGUGUGUGUGGGUUUAUUCGUGCUGCUCAUCACAGUGUGGCUCCACUGGACCUGGAUGUUUGGCGGCAGGAGUGGCAGCAGCUGCAGCUAGCACACAGUUAGCUUGUCAACAACAACAACAAUGGGUUAUAAAAGGUGUCUGAGGACGACGAGGACGUUUUAUCUGCUGACCAUCCUCCUUAUAGUCUUCAUAAAAGGUUUAACAGCUGACGAAGAGCAGCACCGGAACGACGAAGCAGAGUUAAAGUCGUACCACGAUCCAGACUCCGAAGAGGAAGAUGUUCGUCUGGAGUCGGGAAUCGCGGCGAGUGCUGCUGUGACCUCCGGACAUGAAGUCUCUCAGCCGGACGAGGAGAAACAGUCGCCGGCGGACGGGCUGGAGGGAGAGGAGAAGGAGGACCUUCCUGACCAGCCUCCUCCUGUUGAGGAGAAACCAAAAGAAGUUCCCGUUGUGAAUGGAGGUACAGCCCACGGAGAGCCCUGCAUCUUCCCCUUCCUCUUCCAGGGUAAGGAGUACCUGGACUGUACCACUGACGGACGGGGGGACGGACGGCUUUGGUGCGCCACAACUUACGACUACGACCAGGACAAGAAGUGGGGCUUCUGCGAGACGGAGGAACAGGCGCAGCAGCGACUGCAGGCCGAGGAGGCCGAGGAGCAGUAUCAGACCAUCCUGAGGAUGCUCAACGCCACCACCAGGAAGACCCAGAAAAAAGAGUUGUACGAGAAGCUGCUGAAAGUGGCGGCGAAGGGCCACCAGAAGGCCAUGGAGAAGGUGGCGUACGCGAUGCUGUUCGGAGACUACAUGAGCCAGAACGUCACCAAGGCCAAGGAGAUGUUCGAGAAGCUCGCCAUCGAGGGCUCGCCCAAAGCUCAGAUGGCUCUGGGCUUCCUGUACGCAGCAGGACUUGGAGUUAACUCGAGUCAAGCAAAGGCCUUGGUUUACUACACCUUCGGUGCUCUGGGUGGAAACCUGGUGGCUCAUAUGAUCCUGGGAUACCGAUACUGGGGAGGGGUGGGCGUUCCCCAGAGCUGUGAGUCGGCGCUGACUCAUUACAGGCUGGUGGCUAAUCAGGUGGCCAGCGAUGUCUCUCUGACGGGGGGCUCGGCAGUGCAGAAGAUCCGGCUGCUGGACGAGGUGGAGAACCCGGGUUCUACCAGCGGGAUGCUGGAGGAGGACCUCAUCCAGUACUACCAGUUCCUAGCGGAGAAGGGAGACGUGCAAGCUCAGGUGGGCCUGGGUCAGCUCCACCUGCACGGAGGGCGUGGAGUGGAACAGAACCACCAGAGGGCGUACGACUACUUCACGCAGGCUGCAAACGCAGGAAACACACAUGCGAUGGCUUUCCUCGGCAAGAUGUAUUCAGAAGGCAGCGAGUUCCUCCCUCAGAACAACGAGACGGCGCUGCAGUACUUCAAGAAGGCCUCGGACUUGGGUAAUCCGGUGGGACAGAGCGGCCUGGGUAUGGCCUACCUGUACGGAAGAGGCGUCCCAGUGAACUACGAGCUGGCGCUGAAGUACUUCCAGAAGGCAGCCGAGCAGGGCUGGGUGGACGGACAGCUGCAGCUGGGCACCAUGUACUACAACGGCAUCGGAGUGAAGCGCGACUACAAACAGGCGCUCAAGUUCUUCAACUUGGCCUCGCAGGCCGGCCACAUCCUGGCCUUCUACAACCUGGCCCAGAUGCACGCCACCGGCACCGGCGUGAUGCGCUCCUGCCACACCGCCGUGGAGCUCUUUAAGAACGUGUGCGAGCGCGGCCGCUGGUCGGAGCGUCUGAUGUCGGCGUACGGCAGCUUCAAGGAAGGCGAGACGGACGCCGCCCUGGUCCAGUACCUGCUGCUGGCGGAGCAGGGAUACGAGGUGGCGCAGAGCAACGUGGCCUUCAUCCUGGACCAGAAAGGCGCGAAGAUCUUCAGCGAGAACGAGACGUAUCCUCGAGCGCUGCUGCACUGGACGAGAGCUGCAGCUCAAGGUUACACCGUGGCGCGGAUCAAACUCGGGGACUACCACUUCUACGGCUACGGGACGGACGUGGACUACGAGACGGCGGUGAUCCACUACAGGCUGGCGUCAGAGCAGCAGCACAGCGCCCAGGCCAUGUUCAACCUGGGCUACAUGCACGAGAAAGGCCUGGGCAUCAAGCAGGACAUCCACUUGGCCAAGCGUUUCUACGACAUGGCCGCUGAAGCCAGUCCCGACGCUCAGGUCCCAGUGUUCUUGGCGCUCUGCAAGCUGGGCCUGAUUUACACUCUGCAGUACCUGCAGGAUCUUAAUCUGAAGGAGCUCAUGUCUCAGGUGGACCUGGACCAGCUCCUGGGCCCGGAGUGGGACCUCUACCUCAUGACGGUCAUCGCCCUGCUGCUCGGCACCGUCAUCGCCUACCGACAGCGCCAGCACCAAAUCAUAGUGCCGCCCCGCCCGCCAGCCCCGGCCCCGGCCCCGCCGCCUCCCCCCAGGCCCCCCCAGGAGCAGCCGCCUCCGGCCCCGGCCGAGCCCCAGGACGACACGGCGGCGCCGGGCCCGGCUCCGGAGGACGAGGAGCAGCAGUGAGCGAGCGAAGGCAGCGGAGGGACAGACGAGAGGCUGAAACCCUCUCCACAUGCUCAGAGAGACUCGACCGGCUGCCGAACUGUUCAGCCUCCCUUCCUCCAUCUGAAACGUGCCGGUCCUGGGCUGGAAACCCGGCGGCGGGGGCGUUAACACUACAGAACAGAGUGUUGAGAGGAUAAAACAGGCUUCGGACUUGUUAGUCUGUGACUCAGGAUCCUUCCAGAAGUCCCCCGUGUCCUCUCCAUGGAAAUAGUCUGCCAGAUCAAAAGGCAGUUUGACUCAUUAGCAGGAUGGAAUCUGAUAUGUGCAUUAGUUUCUUCUCACGCUCCCCCUCUCAUGUCUGGUUUCUCUUUUCUUUGAGGAAAUGACACUCAGUCGGACUGCUUCAAUCCUAAUGCUGCGCAGUGUUUAGAAACAAGGCAACAACAGUCAGUUUGAUUUUCUUAAAGUCAUGAUUCUUUUUUUUUUUUUUUUGGCAGACUUUACGUUUUUUUUUUUUCAUUAUUGAGUGAACAAAUUUAAAUUUCUUUGCUUUGCAUUUUCCUUUAGUCAGUGCUAAAAUAUACUACGGCCAUGUUCUGUCAUCGUUCUAAGAACAAAAGAGCAGGUUGAUGUUUGAUGUGGUUCCUCAGAGGAGGUCGACUGAUCCUGAUGAUCAGUGAUCCAGGACAUGAUGAGCUGAUAUUUGGGUUAAAAAUUAACAUCAAAAUUCAACUCAAUCAAAUAUUUUAGUUUAUUUAAGUGUUCGUUGCUGCACCAGAGCCAAAGCAGCACAUUUGUAAACGGAUUUAAUUGAUCUGAAAUCAGUAGAAUGAAUACAGAUGAUCAGUCAGACGUAGAAGCUGCUGAUAGCCGAUGACAGCAGAGUUCGUAGGAUUUUAAGGUUCAUUUUAAGGAGCAGCUGAGCAAGAAGAUUGACAGAAAAGUGGAGGCGAGUCGGUUCUGAAGCAUCGCUGUGCACAUUCAUUUUGAUUUGUGGUUGUUGUUUUUUUUUGAUGGAAGCUCGAUAGUCCUGAGCCAACUGUUGAAACUGGAGCAGCUUUAAAGAUAGCAAACUCUGGAUUGUUUCUACAUGAGAUGGAUGAGUUGUUUUUCUUUCACACUAUUUCAGCUGUUGUGAGAAUUUCCGCCCCCUCAGCACCAAACAAAAAGAAAAAUAGAAAAGAAGAAAAAAAAAGCUGGAAAUCUGCCUUUUUAGCUCAGAUGGCCACAAAUCUGAGGCCGACACAAGAGAAAGCAGACGAAGCCACGGUUCGGCCGCACAGUAUUCACCCGUCGCUCGGUUGGUCCGUUUGCCACGUUCAGCUCCCAUUUGUUCGGUUCCACAUUAUGUGCUUGUUGUAGGAGUUGUUGAGAAUGUAUCUGCCAGUGCAUCUGCAUGAAGUGUCAAAAACAGGACGUGUUGUUGUGCAGGAGCCCGUCCCCUGCACCGGACCCCACCCACCGCCACAACCACGCCCCACAGCCACACACACACACACACACACACACACACUCACACACACACACACACACACACACACAGUGGUCGAGAGUGCGUUUUUACCAUCGACACGAGUUUAUAAAGAAAAUUAAUAAAUGCUAUAUGGAUAUUUAA